ACCCUGCGUGUGAACUACCCUUACACGUUUAUUAAAUUUCAGUUUUAUUGAAAAAGGGUUUAGACCCUGAUUUUAUUGAAAGAUAACGCUAGAACUCGGUUCUUUCGAGAGAAACUUAUUUUUGAGGGAAAUUCGUUCAGCGUUUCUUACUAGUUUCUCAGUAAAUCUUUGUGAAAAAAACUUUUAAACUUAAUAAGCGGUGCGGAUUUCCGAAGUCGCUUGUUGGAUAUAAUGAUCGGUAUUUGGCACAACCACGACAACACGGUGGCGUUGAGUGGUGGCGCGGUGCGGGGUCGAUAGUACCAGGGCGCGCCGCGCCCGCGCCGUCCCGGCGCCUGCGCAGCCAUGGUGCGCGACAAGAAGCCACACAAGACCGACUCGGUUAAAUCGAGCACGAAUUUAGUGGGGAAGUUCACCCAGAGCGUCCGUCGAAUCGUUCAAGAUGUCAAAGAUGAAGGCACUUCUAGCGGUCAGACGAAGGAAGAGGUGAUCGAGACGAACGAGCGGCUGCGAGGGGUGCGCGUGCGCCUGGACGAGAACUACGACACAGCAAAGAAGGCGCUGGUCACGCUGAUGGCGCGUUACAGCGAGUCCAAGGCCCAGAGGAACGUGUUCACCAGGUACCCGAUCCUGAAAGCCAUGAUCAAGGAUGUCAUCCGUCUGGAAACCCAAUAUUGGUCGCUGGUGGAGAUCCCUCGCCAGGAGAAGGCGGAGACCGUGCCAGCAUUCGUGCUCCGAGCAUGCGCCAUCAUGGAGAAGACGCAGAAGUCAGGAGAAGGCGUCAAGACCUCAUCCAAGUUGGCUGAGGAAGCCGCUGACCGGAGGGAGCGAAUAGAAAGACUGAACGACAUGACAACGUCCCAGAUAGAAGCUGAGAAUACGCAGAUGACAAAUGACUUGUACCGACUGCUGAAGAAAUACACUGGCCUGAGGAACCUCAUCAGGGAAUUAAAGUCCGAGUACGUGAGCUCCAAAGUGUACCCCAUGUUCCCGCGGUACACCAUGUUGAAAGACAUGAUAAAGGACAUCAUGCACGAUCCCGACUACAUGGAGGUCUGCCACGAGGUGGACCCAUAGCGUGGGGUGCGCAAAUAGAUGAGGAGCUCCUUUACCGACCGCCAGAGGUCGUGUCGUCGCUAAUGUGCCGAUUGUAAUCGGCGAGAGGCAGCGUUUCCUUCCACCACUGUGAUGGCAACACCGGGGAUGUGUCAGUGCGGCAGUUUUGUGUUAACGUUAUCUUGUAUGUGCAUUGCAGUAGUCGCUCUCAGUGGAUGCUUGCUUAUUAUGUAGCACUGUUCUUAGUAAACUCGGGCUACCUGAUGGUUUAUUUCAGUAUCUAUGAAAGUGUUGAAUGGUUUAUGUCGUAUACAGAUAAAAAUGAAUACAUCGUCAUAUCUUUCGAUUUGGUUAUAAAAGAAAGAGAAAGAAGAAACGGGAAUCGUGUGCCCGGUUCUACGAGGCCUUGCCACUUUGUAUGAGACAGGCUGGCAAAUUGUAUGGAAAUCUCAUCGCACGCCAGCUCGUUGUCUUUAUUUUUCUUUGUCUUUGAUUUAGGUGAAAGUAGUGGAGGCAAAUUCUAUCAAGUGCCUAGGUUUAGUGCUAAAUAUAGCCCGUGUUUACUUAUCUUUAGUGGUCAAGGGAGCGGUAGGAAUAGGAAGCUAGCGGCGGUAGUGGCGAGUACUCGUUUAUUUUGCGCUAAUUUGCUAAUUGGACUUUAUUAGUUGUAAGUUUUACUAGAUAAGUACUCGUCUUUGAGGAUUCUGUGUUACCUUAUUUCAAUAGAUCUAAACGUGGCUUUCGAAUUUCGCAAAUCAUGGCUCUGUCUAAAUGCUUCAUACGAGUAUAUAUUUAUAUAUUAUGGUAUAAAUGUGCGUAGAUACUAUACAAACACUUCUACCAAAGACUUAUCACAUUGUAUGUGUAUCCCAUGGAAUUAGUAGGCACUCAGAAGUAGUUACUAAAUCCAUGGUGUAUCCUAAAGCCGAGUUGCACCGUCAAAGUUGACGGUGACAACCCAUCCUUAGCAUAAAUAAUAUUCAUAGUUAAAAUUACAUCUAAUCCAAACUUCUAUCUGUAUACCAAUCAUAUCAUAAUGACAUAAUCUCCUAUUUAUACAAUCUUUACUCUAAUACAUAAUCUUUCCAAUUUAAUAUUAUAUUUAUAUUUAUAGAAUAUCACAAAUUUUAUUGUAAAAAUUGAGUGUGUGAUGCUCUUGCGAUGAAAUAAUACCAUUAUAUGUGUUCAAAGUUAAAAUAGAACCUAUAUAUAUAUUAUAUAUAUCAAUCCAGUAAUCAUAUAUCAUCUAAGUACUUAUCAAUAAAUUUACCUAUCGGAUCAUAUAUGUGUUAUCAUCCCGUUUCAAGUUUUAAGACCAUAUUAUUAAUUAGUUUAAAAGUAGUAGUAUCAAGUUAAAUAGGCUUCCAAAAGGAAUUUGGUAUUUUUUUAAAACACCAAAUUUUUGACAUACUUAUAGAUAUUAGGCACUCAAUACAGGAAACAUUUCCGUGCAGUAAACUGUUGAGGAGUUCCCGCUCCUGGGUGCACCAUCAGAACAUAAACACUAUUGUAAUAAAUACACAUUGUCGUCCAAAAUACCCUGGGCUCCAACCCUCAACGGCUAAAAAAGUAAACAGAUACCUUGUAGAGGUAAAGCUUGUAAAAAGCUAUUUAUGUGAAUCCGAAAAUAUAUAAUUUGGUUUUACCAAAUAUUUUAACUGGUAGUUCCGAAAUUUAAACCAUUUUUUCUAGAUGCAUCUCAUGGAAAAAAAUAAAAAAAUCUGUUAUAAAUUAAUAAAAUUGUAUGUUUGUAAUGAUAUGUUAAGCAUAAAGUGUAAUUAUAUUAUGUUUUGCUAUAAGAUAUAGGAUUUGAAAAAAUGCAGUGCGAUUUAAGGAUUUGGAAUGUAGAUUUUAUCUUUGUAACGAUAAUAUAUCCUCAUGUAUAGAAUGUAUGUACAAACAAUUUUGUUUAAAUUAAUUGUUAUGUUAGUUAAUAGUAUGAUUUAAGAUUAUAUUUUUAAAUAAGUUUAUAAUUUUAGGUAAAAUUUAGAGAAUAUACCACGAUCUCUAUUACUUACACAAAAAUUUAAUACAUGAUAUACCAAAUUGGUUAUUAAUAUUGUUAAUACAUAAAUAUUGUUUUAUUACAAUAGCUAGUUUACAGAAGUAUGUAAAACAAGUGUUAAAAAAAUAAUGUAAUAAUAGGUACCUAAUAAUAUAUGAAAGCAAAUAGUGAGGUCAUUGUUAGAUUAGAUAAUAAAAAUGUAUUUGAAACUGGCAACACAGUACAAUAUAUAUUCUAAAAUUAAAUUUGUUUUCUCGUAGUUUCUAUGUUUAGAUUAGAAAAAACGUGUAGUAAAAAUAUGGAUAUAUUCUACGUAUUUUUUUUAAAUUCUUAUUUAUAAUAUUUUGUUAUAAUUUAUUUAAAAUGUUAUUUUAAUAACUAUUUUCUCGUACUUUCUUAAAUAAGUUAACUAGAAAUCUUUUUUUACCAAAGAAAAUAUUUUUAUUUAUACAUAUACUUACUGACCUGAAAAUUACACCAAGAUAUAGGUAACUGUGGUGUAAUUUUCAGUUCAUGAAGUAAAUCAUUUUACUUCUUCCUUCAUUGAGCGUAAAUUUUGAUUUACCUACGUAGGUUUAAUGCAAACAGAUUAUUUCUGUUUCACCAGUAUACUCAUGUCGUACUACAUAUUAUAAAUACUUAUUACUGCCAUUGAUGUAAGAACAUUCUAGUUAAUGUGUUAGGUAAAUAUAAUAAUUCGCAAUUGUUAUCAAAAUAUAUUACAUAAUAUUCAGCACAUUUAAGUUACGUUUAUAAAAUUAGAAUCCUUUCCUACAGUUUGACCUAUGACCGAUGAUUCUUCGGAUUGACCCAUUUUUAAAAGCUUUUAUUUAACUUGCAAUGUAUGUAACGACAAGCGAUAAGCUUUUAUGAUCAUAUACAUUGUGUAUAAUGAUACAUACACAAUUUAUAUGAUCGGUGAUUAUACGAUUAUAAGUUGAUAGUUACAAUUUUAAAAAGAAAAAAAAUUAAAUAAAAGCUUUUUUUAAGUUUUUUUCUUUUAAUUUAUUUAAAUGUGUUCUCAAUCCAGUGAGUCUGAUUGUCAUUCACAUUCGAAAUUUGGUAUGGAAUGGAUGGAUAGAAUUUCAUUGUCAGAAUUAUUAACUCGUCCAUGGUCACCGAGGAAGCGUUACAGGUAAUAUUUUUCAAUUGUGGUUCAAUUGUAUAUAUAUACCUUUACAGCAUAUUUAUUUUAAUAUACAAAAUACUCAAUGCGAAUAAUAUUAAUUUCUUUUCCUUUAUGAAGAAUAAAUUUUACUUUUGGCUUUCCUCUUCUGAAUACGAAUCUCAGCCAGAGAAAAAGAGAUCAUCAGUAAAUUAAAAAAGAAGUUGUGUUAAUAAAUAAAAUACAAAUACUUAUAUGUGUUAAUCACUCACAUACUUAACUGCUGGAUUAACUUUAAUCUUUGUCUCUCUAUACUCACUAUCCAUUAGUAAUCUCGCAAUAAAUAUAUCUUAUACUCACAUUACCCACAUAAGUGCUAUUUUUUAAAUGAGCUCAUAAAAUAUCGAUGAGACGGCUUAAAAAUCAUUCUUACUUAUUUAGGUGAGUCAUGUUAAAAAUAUAGGUGGGUUAUUUUUAAAAAAUAGCGCUGUGAUGCAUAGUUCUGUAAAUUAUCAUAACAAUAAUGUAUAAAUAUAUGAAGGAGUAAAAAUAAGCUUUUAAUGGAAAAAACAACGGUGCGUAUGUAUAGUUAUCUAUUCGCGUCUCAAAUUUCAAAUAAUUUGUUAAGAAAUUUGACCUUCACUAGUAAUUUCUCAUAAUGCUAUAAACUAUGCAUUUUCGCAUCGUCGUAUAUAGGUUUAUAUAAAAAAAAAUAGCUCAAGGUACAUCUAUAUAAUAAAGGUACAUCUAUAUAAGAUACAUCUAUAUAAUUCUUGAUGGUUUAAUACGGCUGUAUAUGAAAUAAAUUGUGAUUCGUCGGAAUCGGGAAUUUUUCCUUUUUUAGAUUUAUUUUUCUUGUAAUAGUUGAUCAUCAAGCAUACUUAUGUGCACUACCGUCAAAAAAUAAAAGAUGAAUUAUAGUGAAAAGUGAAGAAGCGGGAAGAACCUAAUCAUGGAUAUUUGUAAUUGUAAUUCAGUAUACAUACGUACCUAUACUGUUGUAAUAACUAUUUAGGUACCCUAGAGGUUACAUUGUAAGAAUGCAAGGCAUUGUACCUAUUUACUAGUUGUGGUGUGUAUAAUGUUUUCAUGUGAUUGGAUAUGAUGUCUAAAGCGCUUUGUUACAUAAAAUGUAAUACAUUAUUUUUUGGGCAA